AUGAACUCAGAGGGUAUCGAUCACGGACACGACGAUGUAGACGAUAGAGUAUGGGAUGGAGUCAGUCAGGAUGGUGAUAUAUUCAAUUUCGACUGGUCCUUCAAUCCGACAUCAACCGUAGCCACCACUCAUACUCCUUAUCAAUUCCAUCAUGAAGUGGACAUAUCCAUGGGAAUGACAACAAUGCCCAGUACAAGCAUUGCCGAUUCAGCGGUCUUAGCACCUCAGCACUUAUUUUUCGGGGGCACACUGCCAAUUGCUAGCUCGUCAAGGGACGAGAGUAUCUGGGAAGGCAAUUCCGACGGUAUGACCAGCUGUCCUGUGUCAUCCACGCUAGCAUUCACUAUGGAUUCGCCAGCACUAUCAACUGCGAGCGUAUCGACAUCCGCGACCACAACCACACCAGAUCCCAGAUCAAGGAUCCCUUCAAUCUCUAGUGUUCCGCCUGGUGCAGGAAGAAGAAGACGUAAAGAGCCCAAGGAGAGCCUUUCUCCAUCAGUUGGUAAGGGCUGUAGGAGGUGUAUAAAGACGAGUCAUGCUUGCAAGCUGACCGAGGACGACAAUGGAAGGUUGCGAGAUAGGUUCGAAGAGUAUACAGCCGGUACAACUGAGGAAUGGGAAGCAUGGAGCAUGAAUAGUCGCGCGAGAAAGUUCCCCGUCUGUAAUAGGUGCAGAAUUAUAAGCGAAAGAUGUGAGUUUAAGGAAGUUCCAAGAUGGGACGUUGUGGGUAAAGGAGGAAUGUCAGAAUAUAGAACAAAGACAAAUAGGGCCAAACUGAGUAAAGCAAAGUCAAAGUGA